UGCAGACCCCCAUCUUCUAGUUCACACAGACUAGGGCACGCAUCCCGCGGACAACUAAAUGCGCGCUGCAGCCCUCUGGUCACUUGCGCUAACUGCGCUCUCGGCCAGUGCCAGUCUCUUCACGCCAACCCCGACAACAAAGACAAAGCGUUGGGAUCACGGCUUCGUCACAAUCGAGAAUGGCAGGUUUAUUAGGAAUGGCGAGCCCUUCUCCUUCCUUGGCACCAAUGCAUACUGGCUGCCAUCGUUGAACACGGAGGCAGACAUAAACAGGACAGUCGCCAACAUCUCCGCUCAUGGCAUAAAGGUCAUACGCACCUGGGCCUUCAAUGACGUCGAUGAGAUCCCCGUCAACGGCACAUGGUUCCAGCUCGUUCAGAACGGCACCACUUUCGUCAACACCGGGUCAAAUGGCCUCCAGAAACUCGACCAGGUUGUAAAAGCCGCCGAGGUCAACGGUGUCCUGCUCAUUCUUUCCCUCACGAACAACUGGAACCCGCGCCCACUCAUCGACAACACCACCGUCGUCCCCGUCGACGGCUCCCUUGGCCGGAGGGACGUCACAGUCGGCACAAAUAAUUCCUUUCCGAGAAACUUCUUGUCAAAUGAUUUCGGCGGUAUGGACGCAUAUGUUCGCGAAUUUGGAGCGACGAGGCAGCAUGAUGAAUUCUAUCUCAACGAGACGAUCGUCAACAUUUUCAAGAAUUACACUACCCAGGUCGUCAACCGUUACAAGGACAGCCCUGCCAUCCUUGCUUGGGAGCUCGCGAAUGAUCCACGCUGCAGUAGCUCGAUUCUUGCAAGCAACGUCUGCAACACCACCACUGUUACGGGAUGGCAUCAGGAUGUUGGACAACACGUUGCAAGUAUUGAUCCAAACCAUCUCGUCUCGAGCGGUGCCAGUGGUUUCCAAUGUGCAAACUGCCCGAAGCUCUUCCCUCUUGCCCCAGCACCUUCUGUAUCGGCGACUCCCCAGCGCCGAAAGCGCAACUUUAAGCCCUUCUCGAACGACCGUAUUCUCGCCGACGUCAAGGAGAGUCGCAAGAAGACGCGCGAAGUGAAGAAGCGCCAGUUACUCGACAGUGGCGAUGGUAUACGUAUUCGUGGACGCUGGAUCGCAACUCGGCAAUCGGUCCCAUCUGUGGGUACAACUGUAGGGCCCGCCUUCGACGGGUCUUCUGGCGUCGAUUCUCAGGACAUUCUCAAUGCCCCGUCUAUAGGCUUCGGUUCAUUCCAACUCUUCCCGGACCAGAACAACUACUCAGUUGCCGGGCCGGACCCCAACCUCCCGGCGUUCAAUCAAACAGUCCAGGAUGGCCUUCAAUUUAUCACAUUGCAAGGGCAAAUUGCACAACAGGUGGGCAAGCCCACGGUGAUGACAGCCUUUGGACUCGUGACGCAGGACAACUUGCCGUUCUUCGUGCCGUUCAACUCAACAAAUGCGCCGUUUAAUAAUACGAAUCCACUAAACGCUACGACGACGGUGAAGAAGAGGCAAGCGAACCCGGCCGCGGCUACGGCGGGUGUAUCGAAUGCGCAGCUUGUGGAUGCGUAUAGUCAGUGGAUUAACGCUGCUGCUCAGGCGCAAUUGGGUGGUGCGAUGCAGUAUCAGUGGGGUCAAGACGGCCUAUCAUCCAACGACGGCUCGACCGUCGACCAGAACGCUGAUGAGAGCACGACUACGCCGAAUGAUAACACUUCGGGAAUAACGCCGAACGAUGGGUACCAGAGUGCUCCUACAGGCGACGAUGGUGUGCAGAGUGUGCUUACGGAUUUGACCUCCCUCUUCGGAUGAGCGAUGCGAAGGAAGAAAGUUCGAUUGCAUACGCAAACAUAUAAAGACGAACACGAACGGCAUUUUUAAUUAACGGGCUAAUACGAAUUUUUUGGACGACGGACGAAAACAAAACGAAAAGGAACGGAUUGGAACGGAUAUAAAUACAUACGCGAAAAACGAAUUGACGACGAGAACGAUUUUCUUUCCCCUCUGUGACUUUGUAAUCUAACGCCUAACCCCUUUCUCCUUCUUACCUCCCCACUCCUACCUUACAUCACACGAUCCUCUUGCAUUAGCACGCUCUACAACUCCUAUCUUUCCCAUUUUUGCUCACAUUGGACAAUUCACACCUUGACUUUUGACUUUUAUUUCCUCUUUUCUGGACCAAGUAUUACUUCUUUUAUUUGACUUUGGUUUCUUUUUCUUUUCUUGUACGUUCUGGGUGGAGUUCUUUUUUUAUUACUUUUUCAUUUUCUUACAACCAAGUUACAUCUUUGUCUCUGUCUCUGUCUCUGUCCUCAUUAAGCUGAGUCAAGUAGUAAAUAGGUUUAAAUAGGCUUUGACGUGGCUUGAUGAUGUAGCUUGGAUGUAAUCCC